GAAGCCCAAGACCAUCGAUGCAGGACUCUAUAUUUAUUAUCAAGGCAAUUACUAAAUCAACUAUUUGAUCCUCCUCCUUCACAUUAACAUUGUCUCGAACCCUUAAUUAUUUUUCAUUAGUCUCAAAAUCAUUGUAAAAACCCCUGAAACAGAGAAAUUCAAUCCAUCUCCUUGGAAUCUUCAGUUCAUCUUAGCUACAUACAAAAUCUACAGAACCCACUCCAUUUUCUUCUCUAUUUAUUCAAUUUAGGGUUAAAGAUUCCGAUGGGAAGACAGAGAGGUAAAACGGUUGUUUCCAAUACAUCAAAUCUGGAAGAAAAUGCCAAAAAAAAAUUGAAUAAAAAGAGGAAAAACGAAGAAAACCUAGAACAACAGAGAAAGACAGGGAAGAAAAUGAAAACAGAUGAGAAGAAUGAUGAAGUUAUUAGUGACAGAAGUACUCCAGAGAAGACACAGAGGAAGAAAGCAAAUAAAGUGGAUUAUGUUGUUGUUAGUGAACCUAAACAACGUAGAACGACGAAAGGAUCAAGAUCUAAGUCAAACAGAAAAAUUCAAGUUGUUUAGGGCAAAUUUUGGUAAUCUGCAUGACCUCUUUUACGAAAUUGAAAAAGAGCACUUAGAGUUGAAUCAGCAACAACUGGAUGCUUUAGAAUCCACACCAUUUUGGAAUCUACUACAAGUCUUCAUGAACAAACAAAUAACUAGAGAUGAGUUGUGCAAGUGUGCCAAAGGGCUGGAGAAACUAAUUAAAACGUUUAAGAAGACACUAGAUGGUAAUGGUGGAUUCCAACUGAGUGCAGCAGGUGAGGUAUUUCAGCCGACUCCUGAAGAAAUGGCCGUUAUCUUUGGGAUGCAAGUUAUUGAGAAUGGUAUAGAAGACAAGUUACUUGAUGAACGCAAAGUCACAGCUACAAAAAAUGACUUGUGCAUAAAAUAUGACUUCGGAGAAAAAGGCCAAGCCAUAAAAAGUACUGACGUUCAAUCUGCUAUUCUUAAUGCGAUCAGAAAUGGAGAACUUGAUGAUUUGGUACGGCUUAUUGUGUUCUAUAUUUGCCAAACAGCAUUUUUCACGAAAACCGGGAAUGCAAGUCUACCUUGUAGUUACCUAGUGUUUGUCGAAAGUGUAGAUGUAAUCAACAGAAUUAGUUGGCCUCAUUUGAUUCACAAGACCAUGAUGGAUGGCAUUCAAACCAAUUAUGGGGAUACAAAAACUAUAACUGGAUGCAGUUUCUAUCUCUUGUAUUGGUUUGCUGAACAUUGCUCCUUGAUAGGCAAAAGGACGGGCAAAGAAACCAUGUAUCCAAGAUUUGCAAGAUGGGAUACUUGGAACAUAUCAAAGGCAAUUUACAAUCUUGGAAGCUUGCCUUUGACAAAACAACAGGCUGCAAGUGUGCAAUUGAGCGAUGAUUUGAAAAUGCAAGUAGAAAAUGGUUUUGAGAAGAAGCUGAUAACUCCACUCUACAGAAAUUCUCAACUAGAAAACAUUAAUUUGAGAGUUGGAGAUCUUGAAAAAGAAGUGAAUAUUUUGAAACGAGAAAGAGAUGAUCGAAAUUUUAAGCUACGUGCCUUACGGGCAGCAAUGAACCAAUUGAAGGCAAAGGAGAUAAGAGACCAUAAAGAUGUUAAUCCGGAAAUGUUACAAGUCAUGAAAAAGGCUUUGGAAGAAGAUGAAGUAGUCAAUCAACAACCGCAAGAAGAGGAAGAACCAGCACAAGGGAAAGAACCAACAAAAGUACAAGACAAAGAUACACAACAUGAGCAAGAGAAAAAACCACCUCAAGAAAAAGAAACACUACAUUACCAAGAACCUCCGCAGACUGAUGACAACGAUGCAUCUGUAACAAGUAUUGCUUACAUUUUGAUGUCAUUGAGUUAACAACUCAAGAAACUGUACUGACUUUUGACUGUCUUGGUUGGCGGCAAUGCCUUUCGAGUGUGCUUACAUAUGGCAUG